AAUUUCCCACGCGCGCCGCAUGUCACAUCCGGUUUCAGCACCUCGGACAGCUCGCGCUCGCACUCCCCAAUCUUUCUGCCUCACGCAACGAGAUACACACAAAGUUUUGGGCUAACCAGACCACCCUGCGUGACGCUAAACCUCCAGAGCCGCUAAUCUAACGGGGACAGGAGUCGACGGGAGGCAGAAAGACACACGGGAGAAAACGGGAGGCGCGAGACGACGCUCCGCGCGCGAGAUGCCCAGAGACGGCUGCGCGAGACCGAGUUCUGUUUCUCUGUCAUUCUGUUGCUGAGAAGAGAGAGAAAGAGAGAGAAGCGAGAGACCGGGGACAGAGGAGCGAGGAGAGAGCAUCAACGAGCGGGUCUUAACGAGGCACCGGACCGGAUCUGCAUGCGAGAGCGAGUCCGAGCGAGCGGAGGCGCGAGAUGCAGCGCGUGAACAAGCUCUUGAGUCUCAUCGUGCUGGUGCUGAUGGGCACGGAACUCACGCAAGUUUUACCCGCUAACCCAGAGGAGUCCUGGCAGGUGUACAGCUCGGCUCAGGACAGCGAGGGCAGGUGUGUGUGUACGGUCGUUGCACCUCAGCAGACCAUGUGCUCGAGAGACGCCCGCACCAAACAACUCCGCCAGCUACUGGAGAAGGUGCAAAACAUGACGCAAUCAAUCCAAGUAUUGGACCAGCGGACCCAGAGGGACCUGCAGUAUGUGGUGAAGAUGGAAGAUCAACUCCGAGGCCUGGAGACCAAAUUCAAACAGGUGGAAGAGAACCACAAACAAAACAUCGCCAAGCAAUACAAGGCCAUAAAGGCAAAAAUGGCGGAGCUGCGUCCGCUAAUCCCCGUACUCGAGGAGUACAAAGCCGACGCCCGGCUGGUUCAGCAGUUUAAGGAGGAGGUGCAGAACUUGACGGCCAGCCUCGGCCUCCUCCAGCAGGAGAUGGGAGCCUACGACUACGAUGACCUGCACUCCCGUGUGGUUAGUCUCGAGGAGCGGCUACGCGCAUGCAUGCAGAAGCUCGCUUGUGGUAAGCUGACCGGCAUUAGUGAUGCAAUCACUAUUAAAACAUCCGGGUCUCGGUUCGGAUCCUGGAUGACAGACCCCCUCGCUCCUGAAGGAGACACUAGGGUGUGGUACAUGGACGGUUACCAUAACAACCGCUUUGUACGGGAGUACAAGUCUUUGGCGGACUUCAUGACGUCGGAUAACUUCACGUCUCACCGGCUCCCGCACCCUUGGUCCGGGACGGGUCAGGUGGUCUACAACGGCUCCAUCUAUUUUAACAAGUUCCAGAGUAACAUGAUCAUCAAGUUUGACUUCAAGACCUCCACCAUUAGUAAGUCUCAACGUCUGGACAACGCAGGCUACAGCAACACCUACCAUUACGCCUGGGGAGGACACUCCGACAUCGACCUCAUGGUGGAUGAGGGCGGGCUCUGGGCCGUGUACGCCACCAAUCAGAACGCGGGGAACAUCGUCAUCAGCAAGCUCCACCCGCUGACCCUGCACAUCAUCCAAAGCUGGACAACCAAUCACCCGAGGCGCAGUGCCGGGGAGUCGUUUAUGAUUUGCGGGACGCUGUACGUGACCAACGGCUACUCGGGAGGGACGAAAGUCUACUAUGCCUACCACACCAACUCCUCAACAUACGAAUACAUCGAUAUCGUUCUGCAGAACAAGUACUCACAUAUAUCCAUGCUGGACUAUAACCCACGAGAUCGCGCGCUAUAUGCCUGGAAUAACGGACAUCAGGUCCUCUACAAUGUUACUCUUUUCCAUGUCAUCCGCUCGGAGCAGCUGUAACCAUGGAGGAUUUAGUUUGGAGAAUCUGAAAGGAACAUAAAACUGAACCUAAGACAAUCCUUUGGAAUGUUCUUCAACAGAUUGUUACAACACUGCAAAAAAAAAAAAAAAAAAAAAAGAUGUUCUUCCUCAGUAUUUUUGUCUCGUUUGCCAAUAUAAAUAUCUAAACACUCUUAAAUCAAGAUACAUUUACUGGAGAUGCAAAAUGAAUGCAACAUGAAUUCAAAUUUAAAUAUUCGACAUGACACAAGGAAUCCAUAGAUGCCAUGAUCACGAUUUUCUGACAAACUGUUCAAAAGUUAUAAGCAAAAAUAGCCAUUUUUCAGAUCUCAUGACCUGUAAGUGGCACUGUUCCCAAAUUUGGCAUGAACCCUCAGAUCAUGGAUCCGAUGAAGCGUACCAAUUUUUGUUUUGAUUGCUCAAAGUUUGGCCGAAAUACAGUCUCUGAACCAAUUUUGAACUCGUUAAGUUAAGUAAGCAACAUCAUAACUGAAUACUGUACGAAUACUGUACUCUCAAAACUGAAUACUGUACUCUUCAAAAUGGCCAAUACUGUAAUAGGUGGAGUCUUAAUGUAAGAUGUUGAAUGUGAUCAGCAUGAAGAGUGGAAUCAGGUGUACUAAGUUUAAUUUUUCUAAAGCAAUGGGUUCAAAAGUUAUACAAUUUAGAAAAGUGAAUUUUUGAACUUGUUUUGGCGCUAUAGAGUUGGUCCUAGAGACUCCAAAAUUGGUCAAAUAACUAUUCAUUACCAUCUCUACAAUUGUGCCAAAUUUCAUAAUUUUCUCAUAUUCUGCUCAUAGGGCUGCCAUAGACACCCCAUACAGAAGAAGAAUAAUACUGAGUGAAGAAAACAAGACUUCUUAUUUUGUGUUAUUUUGCAUCUACAGUAAAAGUAUCUUGACAUAAGAAUGUUUAGAUAUUUGAACACAAAACAAGACAAAAAUACCAAGUAAGAAACUAUUUUUUGCAGUGAAAAAAUGCUAUGCUGAAUGAAAACUGAACCAUUUAAAGAACAAUAGACAUGUGAAUGGAAAAUAAGAAACAAAAUCAUGAACAGAUGCCAAAAAAAAAAUGAAAUAAAUAAAGCCACGCCUUUCUUUUUUUUACAAAAAAAACUUUUUCUUUCUAGGACACUGUCUGGUCAGAGGUUUUCCAGUAGCACUAAAAAGACAUGCUUUUCUGCACACUGAAAUAUGGAGAACAUUGGGAUUAGUUACGGACUAGUAGCCCAUGUGGACUACUCAACCCUUUCCUUGUGCAGGAAAACCGAUGGUGCUUCACUCGGCAAACUAACUCGGUCGGCUACCAGUCUGUGCAAUGUCAUAAGUCUAACUUGUGUGCUUUGCAGAGCUCAUUUCUUUAGAUAAAUCAGAAAAAAACAUGACUGGCUGAAGGCGCUGACUGUUGAAAGCUCUGUUGUCGUUCAAAGGACUCUUGUGAGAUUUUACUUGAACUUCUCUGCGAUCAAGUUCCCUAAAUGUGGACCAUAUCAUGAUAUUUUAUAACGACCUACAUGUAUGUAGCACCUGAGAACAGACCAAAGCGUGCUAUUAAAGUCAACAUGAACUCAAAAUUCACCCUCUUUACAGUUUCAAUCACACUUUCUUAACCCUCUGGAGUCUGAGGGGGAUUUUGUGCCCUGGAGAUGUUCCGACAUCCCUUAACAUUUGUGCUUAUUUCAAUGACUUAUAACAUUUUAAUGGCUAAAGUCUGUAUUCAGCACAAACUCUGCUACAAUAAUAUGUGAGCAGCAUGUAUGUAAAAGUUUGUCUUUUUGAGAAAAUGACGUUUAUGUGUGGUUAGUGAAAAAACUGUUUAAAGUCACUGAAAUAAGCACAAUUGUUGUACCUUUUAUCAAAAAAUCUCUGAAACAACUUUCCUUUUCGGAUGACAUCACCAAGAACUCUUAUUUUUCACCCCUCCCCCCAAUUGUCCAUUUUUUUAGGAUAAAAAUCAAGUCUCGUCCUGCAUUUUUCUCACUGAAUAUCCUGUUAAUCACAGGAACACAUCACAUCAAUAAAAUGGGUUGCGAACAUCAUUUCAUGUUGACUUUAAACCUCCUCUGGUGAGAAUAUCACCAUUCAGGCUACCGAUACACACUUUGUUGUGCUUGUAAAUGGAUGUCAGCUACAUCUGCAUCAUGGUUGCUAUGAUUCAUGUAACAGAUGUGCAGUUUUUACUAGCAGAUGGUUCAGGUACAAUCUUACUCCGAAUUAGUCUCUGUGCUGGUGAAUUCUUGUAAAAUGAUUUCUUUAGUUUUGCAUGAGCAGUUUCUACAUGCCCAGAUGUGCUUAAAGGAAUGUUUACCUGUAUGAUGGGUUGGGGUUGGUUAUAAUCUUUAGAAACCUGGGAAUUAAAAAAAAAAAUGCUUGUUUCUAUCUGGUUUGUUUCGAGUGGCUUGUUUCUUAACACCCAUUCUUGAUUUUUGUAGAUUUACAGUUUGAUGUUUUUUGUAAUAUAGUACCGUCUGCUUGGGUGAUGCUUCAGUGUCUUUGUUUUAGUUUAAAGGUGUUAGAAAGCCACAUUUCUGUCACAAAAACUCAAAAAAGAUCGAUAUCAGAAUGUAAGAUGUCACUUUAGAAGACAUCUAAAAUAUGAAUAUGAAACUAUGACGUCAUUGAGCAGUCUAUUAUGUAAUGUAAACAUUUUAACAAGGUCUUAUAAAGAAUUAGCUGAACCUAAUUCCAGUUUUCUUUAUGCGCUUAGCUGGAUGUGUGUUGUACCCACAAUACUAUGAUUCUUAUCAAUAAAAGGGGAUUUAUAUCCUGAUGUCAUUCUG